CCACUUCUAUCAUCGACCCCAUAACAUCACACAACCUAACGACAUAAUAACAGAUUGAGCCAUAAUUACCAAGCGCACACCUCGCAUUACUGGUAUUUCUAACUUAAUCGUAUACGUAUACAAAGCGUCUUAUUUUACGAUCAGAAAACCGAGAGUAAAAAUAGCGAAUCGGCUCACCACAUCACAACUCGAUUUGGUAGUUGCCUGAACGACGACGGCCUUCAGCUUGACGACGAGAUCGAAUAGAGAAUGGUGAGCGUGAGGAUUUCAUAGCAAGGAGGAGCGACGUCUUGGAUUCUUGGUCCGUCAUUUAAUCGAACACAUCGGAAGCGAGGCACAACAUGAAUGGCAGUGAGGCUUGACGGCGAACGACGUGACGACGAAUGAUAAGGUCGUGUCGUUCGACGACGUGAUUGGGAAUUAAAGCCGAGCGAGCCGAGAGGGCGCACUGUCAAGCAGAAAACAGGACGUGACAACAUGAGGCUUGACCCGGCGAACAACGACGCAGAGAGCAAAGAGAGGUCGCGACCGGGCGAACUUUAUUGCGCGGACUGCUUUGCGGUCAGGACGGCUGUCGCAAUGCACACGACGUUGCCACACCACGACCCCACCACGACGAGGAACAGAGGCGCGCACAGGGAAGUUGGCGCGCAGGGAACGACCGGUCCAACGGUUGCCAUGGCGCGGUGCAGGGAGGAUCCCAGAGCGUGCGGCGAACAGUGAGCGAGCUGUGCCAGGGAAAAUCGCGACGCACAUGGGAGGAGCUUGGGGACGCCGGUCAUGGAAACAGGGGCAGGGCGAGCUCCAUGGCAUGUGGCCGAGCAGAAAGUGUCAGUUGAGGGAGAUGAAGACAUGGCUGGGGGCAACAACUUGAUCCAUGCGCUAGGGAGAAGGACUCGACGACCAGCGAGCUGGGAGAGGCACCGAGUUGCAGGAGGGAGUAGGGAGGGCGCAGCAUGGCUGGAUAGGAGCUCGGCUGGGAACUGCUCGGCGCAGUGGAGCAGGGGCAGACGAGCGCGCCCGGGAGAGAGCGCCGCGGCCAGCCGAAGAAGCAGGGACUCCACGGCGAUGCUCAGGUCGAGGUGGAGACGACGACCACCAAAGCUGGGCGAGCUGGGAGCCGAGCGCGAGGACAACCGGCGCUGCACAAGGAAACAGCGACAGCGUAGAGGAGAGAGGAAAACAAAGGCGCCGGUGGCCGGACAGAGAGAGCCGCCAUGGGAGAUGGGCACAGGGAGGAGCAGAGCCGAACCAGGGGCUGGGGCGCGACACAGGAGGAACGAGCUGAGGGAGCUCCUCUGCGCGGCGACCAGGGAGCUAAAGGCUGGAGCAGCGCGCGUUGGUGGAAGAUGAGCCGGAGCUGGGAAUUUGAGGAGCACGCGGCAUGAAGAACAAGCACAGGGAAGGGCUGCCGAGCAGGGAGAUAACGCCGGCUGAAAAAAAUUAGACAAGGGGAGGGCGGCAGGAUUUUUCUAGGGAGAGGAGUACGUGGAAGUUG